GGACGAAAGAAAAGCUAAACCUGCGGCAAAGUGCCCUGUGCAGAGCAGCGGGGCUUAGGAAGUGUGUGCACGCUUCUGAACCCUGAGUGGCUCUCAGUUCUGUAACCUUCUCCUCCCACUGGGUGGAGUAGGGCCUUUAAGAGCAGCUGGAAUGCAGUUCCCCUGAUCAGCCUAGCCAGUUGUUGCCUGUCUGAACCUCUGCCCGUCCUGAAGAGCGGUGCUUUGAGCUCAUACCAGUGGGCUUCCCUCUGCUUCUCAACACCGCCCUUCUCGCCAGAGUGAGAAGCAGCAGCUCCCAGCAGGGAAGAGGGUUCCCACUUGCCCAGCCAUGGGAGAGGACGCAGCGCAGGCCGAAAAGUUCCAACACCCAGGCCCUGACAUGCGGCAGGAGAAGCCAGGGAGCCCCAGCCCCAUGCCCUCCUCCACGCCGAGCCCCAGCCUGAACCUAGGGAACCCGGAGGAAGCCAUCCGGGACAACUCGCAGGUGAACGCCGUCACGGUGCUCACGCUCCUGGACAAGCUGGUGAACAUGCUGGACGCGGUGCAGGAGAACCAGCACAAGAUGGAGCAGCGGCAGAUCAGUCUGGAGGGCUCCGUGAAGGGCAUCCAGAACGACCUCACCAAGCUCUCCAAGUACCAGGCCUCCACCAGCAACACGGUGAGCAAGCUGCUGGAGAAGUCCCGCAAGGUCAGCGCCCACACGCGUGCGGUCAAGGAGCGCAUGGACCGGCAGUGCGCGCAGGUCAAGCGGCUGGAGAACAACCACGCCCAGCUCCUCCGGCGCAACCAUUUCAAAGUGCUCAUCUUCCAGGAAGAAAAUGAGAUCCCCGCCAGUGUGUUUGUGAAAGAGCCAGUCCCCAGCCCGGUGGAAGGGCAGGAGGUGCUCGCUGAUGAGAACAGGUCCCUGGAGGACACCCUGCACACAGUGGACCUCUCCUCGGACGACGAGCUGCCCCGCGAUGAGGAGGCACUGGAGGACAGCGCGGAGGAGAGGACCGAGGAGAGUCGGGCGGAGAAGAUUAAAAGGUCCAGCCUCAGGAAAGUCGACAGCCUUAAGAAAGCAUUUUCCCGCCAAAACAUUGAGAAAAAAAUGAACAAGCUGGGGACAAAGAUCGUAUCCGUGGAGAGGAGAGAGAAGAUUAAGAAAUCGCUCGCUUCUGGUCAGCAGAAAAUAACCUCAGGGAAAAGCUCACCCUUCAAGGUUUCUCCUCUGACCUUUGGUCGAAAGAAAGUCCGACAGGGAGAAAGCCCUGCAGAGAAUGAGACGAGGUCCGAAGACGCGCCCAGCAGCGAGCAGGUGCCCAACGACCAGGAGGACGGCUCGUUGGCCGAGGGCCUGUCAGAGGCGUCGCUCCCCAGCGUGCUGACGGAAGGGGACAACACGGAGGGCACUGCCGAGAAGGCGGCCUCAAGAGGGAGUAACUCGGGCAUGGACAGCAACGUCGACUUGACCAUUAUGGAAGAUGAAGAAGAGGAGCCGGUGGCCCUGGAGCAGGCGCAAAAGGUGCGCUAUGAGGGCGGCUACGGGCUCCCCUCGGAGGAGGCAGAAGGGUCGGAUGGGGAACAGGUGCAGCCGGCUGUGCUGCGGGUGGACCAGAGCGCCUAAGAGCACACCCCGUCCAGCCUGCCGUGCCCAGCCCACCUGUGCCCAGGCUGUGCCAUCAGCUAAAUGACCAACCACAGCCUCAGCAAAGCCUCCCACACUCCAGCCCCACCCGCACCCUGUUGUGUGACGGUCCAGGCAGUAGUAACUUACCACCCAGUAGCAGCAGCACACUCAAGACCAGGAUUUACCAUGAAAGCAACCACACAGAGGCUCUGCUUUUAAUUUACCCCUAGGUUCUAUUUCUAUAGAAUUUCUCCAAGAUGGCCAGGAAGAAGAAAUGGAGCGUUGAAAAACAUGGAUCUGCUUGGCUUACACAGAAAACCAGAGGAUAUUGAAGAUACUAGUCGUGAAAUGUGAUUCAUUCUUUUGUGUCAUUCCAUGAACUUGCUGCAUAGUGUACCAGUAAUGUAUUGAAUUUCUCCCGUACUCUGUGAAUCUAAUUAUUACUCAAGUGGGUGAUUAUAUAAUACACACGAAUACAUAAGCUAAAGAUACAUUUUAAGAAGAGAACAUUCACACAAGGUAGAAGGGAAUAGUCAGUUGGUUACUCUCUUGAUACAAUAGAUGCCAUGGUUUUAUUGUAAACAAAGGAAAUAAUGGAAGACUGUAAAAGCUAAUGAAGUAAGAAAAGUGGCAAAGUCAGGGCUAUUAAAAAAGAAAACUGAAAAGGAAAAGUUGGGAAAAUAAGAGAAACAGGAAACAAAGAAGGCCAAAGAGAUUGAAAACAAAGA